UUGCUUUCGGUCGCUGUUUGCUAUCCGGGACACACGACUCUCCAGUGAAACUGCAGCCACAGGACGGGACAGCUGCCCCCCGGGGGCUGUUUGCGUGACCCUCGGAUGCCUGUGACGAGGUUUCCUGCCGCAGCAUCGGGAGAAGCGCAGGGACGGAGAGUUUGGUACCGUCUCUGGCCCUGUGCGUCGCUCUCUGUAUCCCCAUCCCCACCCCCUCUCGCCAUGCAGGUCAGGAGAUCGGGAGCGGGGCAGUGCGCCGGGUUUCUCGGGCUGAUCGCCCUGUGCGAUGCGAUCCAUUUCCUGUCACACCCACAUGCCUCACAGUUUCUCAGCAGAAGACGACGUGCGAAUGGGAUCUUUGAAGAGAGUAAGAAAGGAAAUUUAGAGAGGGAAUGCGUUGAAGAAUUUUGUAACAAGGAAGAGGCCAGGGAAGUGUUUGAGAAUGACCUUGAAACAGAAUACUUUUAUCCCAAAUACCUCGAUUGUUUGAGCCGAUAUCAAUAUCGUAUUCCAAGCAUGACUCGUGCUACAAGUCACCUGAGGACAUGUGUCAGUGAUAUCCCAGACCAAUGCACUCCUUCCCCAUGCAACUCUGAAGGCUCAGUUAAAUGUAUGGACAAGAAGGGUGCUUUCAAAUGUACCUGUAAGGAAGGCUGGGAGGGGGACAGAUGUCAGAAUGAUAUAAAUGAAUGUGAAGCUGGAACAUUGAGGAAAGGUGACUGUAGUCAUGCCUGUUACAAUGUACCUGGAAGUUAUCGCUGUUUCUGUCGGGAUGGUUUCUUCAUGCAUUCAGAUAAGCACACCUGCAUUGAUAGAAAUGAAUGUUUAUUAAAACCGAACAUCUGUGGGUCAGCAUACUGCAGGAAUCUGGACGGCAAUUUUGAAUGUAAAUGCGAUGAAGGGUACAUAUUCAAUUCAACUACAAAGACGUGCAUGGACGUAGAUGAGUGUGCUGAGAAUACCUGUGCACGCGUGUGUGUGAAUUACCCUGGGAGCUACUCCUGCUUUUGUGAUGGAAGGGAAGGAGAAAAACUAGCAACUGAUGGGAAGAACUGUCUGGAGAUAUCAACAUGUUUCCCUGUGCAAACCAGUAGGAAGGCAUACAUUCUGAACAUGGGAGAACUCUUUUCAGGCAUUCCCGUUGUGUACCUCAGGUUUAAAAUCCCUGUGGAUAACAGGUUUACAGCACAAUUUGACUUCAGAACAUAUGACUCGGAGGGGAUUAUAGUUUAUGCUGAAACCAACGAAACCCAUUCAUGGUUUAUGCUUGCCCUACGAGGUGGGAAACUUGAAGUACAAUUCAAGAAUGAAUUCACACCUAAGGUCACAACCAGUGGAGGACCAUCCAUUAAUAAUGGUGGCUGGUAUACAAUCUCUAUUGUAGAGUCACAGAACAGUAUCCUUGUGAAGGUUGACCAAGCAGCAGUGAUAAAAAUCAACAGUCCUGGCCAGCUGUUCUCCUCAGUCAAUGGAACAACAGAGAUAAAAAUAUCCAUCGCAGGUUUACCUCGGGGAGCAGAUAGAACCAUUCUUCCUAUUAAUCCUCGGUUGGAUGGCUGCAUGCGUGGGUGGAAUUGGAUGAACUUAGGUGCUGCUGGAAUUGGAAGUGUCAUUCAGAACAUAAAAACCAAGCACUGCUAUCUGAAUGUGGAGAAGGGAUCAUACUUCCCGGGCACUGGAUAUGCAAUGCUUCAAUUAAACUACAGCAUGGCAGAAAAUAACAGUGUUGGAAGUUGGAAAAUCAACUUGAAACUCACUGUCCGCUCAUCAAAAGACACUGGUGUGUUAUUUGCUUUAGCCAGUGAUGAAAAGAUACCUUUGUCCCUGGCCUUCACAGACUCUUACUCUUUGGGUACAAAGGACAAACAGAACUUGAUUCUGGUAAUGGAUAAUGUGAUUGUGGUCAAAACUGAUGAACUCCAUUUAUGCAAUGGAGAAAAACGUUCAAUACAGCUCAACAUAACAGCAGAAGAGAUUUUGCUGGAAGUCGAUGGGAAUGUCUAUGGAAGCCAUUUACAAAAUUUUGAACUAGAGCAGCAACUCUCCUUAUUGGAUGGGGUUAUGCAAGAGCCUGUCAAUACCACUUUAGGAGGUGUUCCAGAUAUUCCAAUUACAGCCACACCAGUCUCAGCACUGUUUAAUGGAUGCAUGGAACUGGAAAUUAAUGACAAAACUAUUGACCUGGAUGAGGCCAUCCACAAACAUAAUGAUAUCCAGUCUCAUUCAUGCCCUUCCAUGAACAAGGAUUAGAACAUCUAUCAGCAUCUUUCUCAUUACACCUGGUGGCAGCCAAGUCAAAAUGGAGCUGUGGCAUCAUGCGAUAUAGAGCACCUACGCUCUCUGCAGACAGUUCCCGGAGGCUGGAGCUCAGCAGAGAUCUGCUCCGGGAGUGGAGAGGGCGACAACAACAACAACAACAACGACAACAACACCACCACCACAACAACAACAACGACGACGACGACAACAGGGAUGCCUGGCAGCGCCCGGGCUCUCGGGGCAUUCCUGCUGCUCCUGGUGCUGCCGGAGACCUCGCAGUUUGUUGGCCGCAAAACCGCUUCCAGUUUCCUGAGGGUGAAACGCGCCAAUCACAUCUUUGAGGAAACCAAACAGGGACACCUGGAGCGGGAGUGCGUGGAGGAGCACUGCAGUCGGGAGGAAGCCCGAGAGGUCUUCGAGAACCUCCCAGAAACGGCUUAUUUUUAUCCAAAGUAUCAAGAAUGCCGUCGUCUUUAUGGACCACCUCAAAACCAAAAAAAUGAACUGGCAACUUGUAUUCACAAUAUCCCAGAUCAAUGCACACCAAUGCCUUGUCAUGAAGAAGGGUAUAUGGAGUGUGAGAAUUUGAAAGGUGCUUUUAACUGCAUCUGCAAGCCAGAAUGGAAGGGAGAAAGAUGUGAACAAGAUAUCGAUGAAUGUGACACUCGCAAUGGAGGCUGCAAUCAAAUUUGCAUCAAUAUGCCAGGCAGCUACAAGUGCUCCUGCAAUGCAGGCUUCACCAUGGUUUCAAGCGAUAAAAUUUGUCAGGAUGUCAAUGAAUGUGGAUUAAAUCCAGAUCUUUGUGGAACAGCGAAGUGUGAAAAUACAGUGGGUUCUUACGAUUGCAAAUGUGCUGCUGGAUAUAAAUACAACAUUUCUACAAAGUCAUGUAACGAUAUAGAUGAGUGUGCAACCAAUAUCUGUGCACAAAAAUGUGUCAACACUCAAGGUAGUUACACCUGCUAUUGCGAUGGAAAGCAAGGAUUAAAACUGGCCAAAAACUUGAAGAACUGUAAAAAAAUUGUACCUUGCCUACCACUGAACACUGUGAAAAAUGCAGCCUCGCUCUAUCUCGGAAGAUUCUUUAAUGGAGUCCCGGUGAUGGAAUAUAAUUUCAAAAGAAAGCAGAAAACCAGAUUUACAGUGGAAUUUGACUUUCGAACAUAUGAUACUGAGGGUGUAAUAUUCCAUGCUGGUCACCAACAAAACAACACCUGGAUCAUGCUAGCUGUUCAUAAUGGGAAACUUCAGGUGCAGUACAAGAAUGCCAAUGGAGUCACAUCGGGCGUUACCAGUGGAGGUCCACUUAUAAACGAUGGUUCCUGGCACAUGAUUUUUGUUGAAGAAUCAAUUAACAGCUUAAUUGUGAAAGUUGCAAGAGAGGCAGUUAUGAAUAUUAACAUUCCUGAAAGUCUUUUUAUGGAGAAUCGAGGAUUAUUUAAGAUCAACAUAUCUGUUGGAGGCCUUCUGAGUGACGAGUUACAUGUUAAACCAAUUAACUCAAGACUAGAUGCCUGCAUGCGUGGAUGGAACUGGAUAAAUGAAGAGGAUACUCUAAUAAGUGAAACCAUAAAACACGAUGAAAGAUUGCAGUGUUUCUCUCACUUAGAGAGUGGAUCUUACUAUCCCGGGACUGGAUUUGCAUUCUACAACUUCAUUUACAGCACAGGAGAAAAUGGUAACUGGGCAGUGAACGUGAAUCUUGUGAUCCGGCCUGCAGCAGAUACUGGAGUGUUAUUUGCUUUGAUAAGUGACGACAAAGUUCCACUCUCACUUAUCAUUAUGGAUUCAAGUUCCACAAAGAAAGCUGAUAGACAGGAAAUAGUUCUGUCUAUAGAGAAUGUGAUUGUUUACAAACUAGAGGGAUUACCACUGUGCGGGGGAGAGAAGCUGUCCAUACAGCUCAUUGCAACUAAAGACAAAAUUAUAUUGGCGUCCGCUGCAAUAAUAGCCAACAGUCCUUUGGAAAAGGCACAGCUAACUGAACGUCUCUCCACACUAGACAAAUAUAUGCAGAAAUCCGUCAAAACAUAUCUAGGAGGAAUUCCAGAUAUUCCAUUAGCUUCUACUCCAGUCUCCGCGUUCUAUCAUGGGUGCAUGGACACACGUAUUAACAAUCAGAUCAUUGACCUGGAUGAAGCCAUCUACAAAGAUAACUCCAUAAAAUCUCACUCAUGCCCUUCAAGAACAUAAAGAAAAUUUGCAAAAAUGUUACUUUUUUUACAUGAGAUAUCACUUGUUAUUCUAACAAAUUAAAACUUACAUACAUUUAAUUUACUAAUUGACUAUAUUUAGUAAGUCAAAUCUGGGUAGUACACAAGAUACUAAAUAUAAUGAGAACAAAUUAUUUGUCUCAAGUGUUGUAAUAUAUUUAAAUACAAGUAUGUGAAAAAGGGAAUGAAUGGAUUGCUUCUUUUUGCUGCAAUAGAAAGGUUGAGGAAAGUAAAGUAUAAUAAAUUGUAAUGGCUGCAUUAUCUGUAAAUGUAUAGAAAUGGUUUAGACUAUUCUGUAUGUUAAAAAAGUACAGCAAAUAUAUUACAGCCAUCCAGAAUAAAAUGAUCAGAACAAUAA